AUGAUUGCCAAUGAUCCCAAGACCCUUGGCAUUACCGAUUUUUUCAAGUCCUUCUACAAUGGUUUCCCAGAGAUCUCCACUACUUGGUUUGCAUACCAGGAUGAAAAGGUCAUAUAUGAAAACCCUUUCAAAUUCCAGCUUGACUCGUGGAAAACUGAUGAAGAAGCCACCAAGAUUAUGAAAGAGAUAAUCUCCCCAAGAAUUCUGCCGGUCAACUUCAUAGCUGGCAAAGAUGUGCCCAGCUAUGAGUUUUAUAAUCCAUCAGUGGCGGCCAGACAACUGGGAUUUGGCCAAGUGUCCCCUUUUCUUUUCUUCAUUGGCAAAGUUCAGUUCAGAGGAGCUCUUGACAGCGCUCUCUCUUAUGGUCGAUUAAAAGAUUUGGAGCCUGAUGAUGAUGAUCAGAAUCCUCCUACAAUCUGCAGGAGUGGGCAGCUGAUCAACUACGCCUUGCCAGUCGAUAAGCCAAAUAUCGGCUAUGGUGCCCCAACUCUGACAGAUGUGGCAGACCACUGGGAGAAAACGCAAGUACAGCAUUCACCUUCAGCUCCCAGGAAAUCUAGGGCGGACUCUCCAUUGAUACAGCUUUCCGACCAUGCACUAUCUGAAUUACAUGGCCAGCCAAAUACUGCAAUCCCGAGCUCUUCAUCACAACCCCUCGUUCCUAUUGGCUCCAAUCUAGAAGAAAUACGCCUGAAGCAGACAGGUUACAGAAUUUUUGAUGUUAACGGUUCAGAAGAGAUAUACGACAAGAUCAUAUUUUGUCUUCACGAUCCUGAUGCUCUAAAAGUACUAGGAGCCAAAGCAACACAUGAUGAACUGAGGAUUCUUGGUGCUUUCAAGUAUAUCAACAGUGACGUGUACUUCCACUGUGAUGAAAGUUUGAUGCCACAUAAUUCGUACGCAUGGAGCUCCAGGAACUUCCUGGGGACAACAAGCAGUGACGCCUGUGUAACCUACUGGCUAAAUAUAUUUCAGAACAUUGAAUCUUCCUGGCCUUUUCUUGUGACAUUUAACCCUCCUCGUAUUCCCAAUCAUGUAUUGCUCAAAUGGCAUUCGAGCCACCCAAUUCCGUCCAUGGCUGCUGCAAAGGCUACCCUUGAGCUCAAUAACAUCCAAGGAAAGAGAGGAAUAUGGUUCUGUGGCCCAUAUCAAGGCUACAGAUUCCAUGAGGACGGUGUGAAGGCUGGGAAAGUAGCAGUUUCAGAAUUGCUUCAAAGGAAUUGUGACCUUUUGGUUAACCCAAAACCAAUGGUCCCAUCAUGGACUGAGGCCGGUGCACGUCUUCUGGUAGCAAGAAAUUUUGAACGAUACAUCACCAUCGGUAACGUGAGCAUAUUGGAAGGAGGCACUACGUUUAGUUUUGGUAGAGUAUGUGAAAGAUGCCCUGUAAAAUCUGUGAUGCUAGUACAUGACCCGCAAUUCUAUUGGAAGGUUGUAACAGAAGCAGACCUUGGUUUUGCAUAUGCCUACAUCAAUGGAUAUAUCUCAUUUGUUGAUAAGCGAGAAGACCUUCUGAAUCUUGUUCUGAUUAAUUUGGCUAAUAGAGGUGAACGCAAAAGGUUGAGCAGCAGUGCCAGUAAAAGGAAGGGCUGGUUGAAACCCUUUCUUGGAUUCACUGGGCUUGCAUUUGCAAAAUAUUUUUUGCGUCAUGCUUCAAGGAACAACUCUGUAUCCAAAGCUGCUAAAAAUAUAUCUAAGCACUAUGAUCUGAGUAAUGACUUCUUUGCUCUUUAUCUGGAUCCAUCCAUGACUUACUCUUCUGGUAUUUUCAAGGCGGACGACGAGAGCUUAGAAGCAGCCCAGCUACGUAAACUUGACAGUCUAAUUAAUAAGGCUAAGGUGGAGUCCGGGCAUCAUGUUCUUGAUAUUGGUAGUGGUUGGGGCACUUUAGCGAUACGCUUGGUGAAGAAAACUGGUUGCAAGUACACAGGAAUUACCUUGUCUGAAGAGCAACUGAAAUACUCCAAGAUAAAGGUCAAAGAAGCGGGAUUAGAGGACCGCAUAACUUUCCUCCUUUGCGAUUACCGCCGAAUACCAACUUGCCAUAAGUUUGACAGGAUUAUAAGUUGUGAGAUGAUUGAACACGUCGGGCAUGAGUACAUGGAUGAUUUUUUCAGCUGCUGUGAGUACCAUUUGGCAGACCAAGGCCUAUUUGUCCUCCAGUUCAUCGCAAUGCCAGAGGAAUUGUACGACAGAAUGAGGUUGCGGCCCGAGUUUAUGAAGGAAUAUAUCUUCCCAGGUGGCUGCCUACCUUCUCUAGCCCGGGUUGUGUCUGCCAUGAGUAAUGCAUCAAGGCUCUGGUAUAUGUGCUUGCAACUAUACUUCGUAGCUGUUGGUGUAUAUUGAGCCCAUGUGUAUAGAGGCCCAUCU